UACCUGACGGCGCUUGACUCCUCCCAGUCCCACCGCCCGAGUAGCGAAUGCCCCUUCCUAUUGGCUGCGCUCUGCGCAUCGGUUGAAUGUCAUUGAUUUGGCAGUGAGGUAGUUAAUUUUACAGAUACAGAAGACAACUUUUCUCAGUGUCACAUGCACAUCAACAGCAAUUUUUCCAGCCACUGGAGGAGCGCUUCCUGGUCUCUGAAAAAUAAAUAACGUACAGUGUUUUAAAUAGUUACCAAGUGUCAAUCAAAGUACUGAAAGUCUGUAGAAAAAUGAAUCUCUUUAUGGAGUUUUUGUUGCUUUUACCUAUAAUAAUUUACGCGUACAUAGAGGCUUUUGUGAAGCUUUUCAUUCCUGUGAAGAGGAAGUCUGUCAGUGGAGAGCUUGUUCUCAUUACCGGUGCUGGGCAUGGAAUUGGGAGAGCUACAGCCUAUGAAUUUGCCAAUCGACAAAGCAGAUUGGUUCUAUGGGACAUCAAUAAGCAUGGCGUUGAGGAAACAGCUGCAGAGUGCAGGAGGCUGGGGGCCACAGCUCAUGAGUUUGUGGUGGAUUGCAGUAAAAGGGAGGAAAUCUACAGUGCUGCAGAGAAGGUGAAAAAAGACAUUGGAGAUGUUACCAUCUUGGUAAAUAAUGCAGGAGUGAUUAUAGCUGCCGAUCUGCUCUCAACUCAGGACCAUCAGAUACAACAAAUGUUCGAGAUCAACAUUCUCGCUCAUUACUGGACUGCAAAAGCAUUUCUGCCAGCCAUGAUGAACAACAACCAUGGCCAUAUUGUCACUGUUGCUUCAGCAGCUGGUCACUUGGCAGCUUCUUUCAUGGUGACUUACAGUUCAAGCAAGUUUGCUGCAGUUGGAUUUCAUAAAGCCCUAACACAAGAACUUUCUGCAUUGGGAAAGGAUGGAAUAAAAACAUCAUGCCUUUGUCCUGUUUUUGUAAAUACUGGCUUUGUCAAAAAUCCAAGUAUAAGAUUAAUGAAAGUUUUGGAGCCAGAGAAGGUUGCAAAUAAACUGCUAGAGGGGAUAUUGACCAACCAGAAAAUGAUUUUUGUUCCAUCAUUUCUGAAGAUACAUCUAAUAUUGGAAAAGAUUCUUCCAGAGCAUGCCGUGGCAGCAGUGUACAAGCUGCAGAAUAUUCAAUUUGAUGCAGUUGUUGGAUACAGAAACAAGGUCAUAAGUGAUUAGGUCAUCACCCUCCCCCUCAAACCGCAUAGGCUGCAGAUGGGUCACGUUUUGAGUUCAGAUCAAUUAUUCAAUGUUUUGAUUCAUUCAGAGAAAAAAUGGAAGACCCAUCACUUGCCUUCCCACAACAGCGACACUUGAUAAACACUGCUCUGAGCAUCAGUGAAUUUCUGUAGGUAUCUGGCUGGCUGAGUUCCUAUUACAAUGAUUAUUUUAAUGCUUCUGGGAUUUGCUAGUAUUGUGUAAUUAACUGAAUAUGUUAGGGUGCCAAGAGCUUUAGGUGGCAAUCUUUUUAUCAUUCUAAAUCUAAAUAAAUAAAUAAAAUAGACACAUACACAAAUCCAUGUGUGCAUGACAACAGACUAUGCAGGAGCGGUGGAAAAUGCAGUCCUUCAGACUGAAUGUUGCUUAAUUUUGUUGGCACCCAGAUGUCAUGGUGAUCCUACCUAUUCUGUAAAGGUUCUUAUGCCACACUCAUCACCAUAGUAUCUGAGCACCUAAGUCGUGCAUUGACUAACGUGACUGCCACAUGGGGGAGAAGCGCAUGUACUGGAGUGUCUUGUUUUGGGAGAGGGUUGUGGGUUUUCUAGCUGGAGGAAGGGGGGAUAUUUUUUAAAACUAUGCACACAUUGCUAUAUAUUUAUGUUGGAGAAGGUAAGGUCAAAUAAAUGUGCCUUGGUCUUGGAGCAAACA